GCGGCGGGCGCAGGCGGGCCUCCAGGAGCUCAGUGGCUGCAGACGUCCCGCAAGGCGACACCAUGACUCUGGCUGCUUACAAGGAGAARAUGAAGGAGCUGCCCCUCGUCUCCCUCUUCUGCUCCUGCUUCCUCUCGGACCCCUUGAACAAGCCAGGGUACACGUACGAAGACACGGUGGACCUCACCUGGUGCGUCAUCUCCGACAUGGAGGUCAUCGAGCUCAACAAGCGCACGUCGGGGCAGUCCUUCGAGGUGAUCCUCAAGCCCCCCUCCUUCGACGGCAUCCCCGAGUUCAACGCGUCUCUGCCGCGGCGCCGCGACCCUUCCCUGGAGGAGAUCCAGAAGAAGCUGGAGGCGGCUGAGGAGCGGAGGAAGUACCAGGAGGCCGAGCUCCUGAAACACUUGGCGGAGAAGCGGGAGCACGAGCGGGAGGUCAUGCAGAAGGCCAUCGAGGAGAACAACAACUUCAUCAAGAUGGCCAAGGAGAAGCUGGCGCAGAAGAUGGAGUCCAACAAGGAGAACCGCGAGGCGCACCUAGCUGCCAUGCUGGAGCGCUUGCAGGAGAAGGACAAGCACGCGGAAGAGGUGAGGAAAAACAAGGAGCUCAAGGAAGAGGCGUCGAGGUAAAGAGCCCGCCGCGGCGGCGGGCGGGACUGGUGG